UAAAUGUUAACUAUGAUUCGUUAGUCUCCUUGGAUAUUCUAUUUUGUUUUAAUAACGAACGACCCCAAUUGGAUAUGAACGAAAGUUAUAAAGAUAUUGUAUGUUGAAAAUACUUUUGUGAUUUUUGGGGAAAAGGUAUGUAAAGGUUAAAUCGCGCAUUAUAUACAAGAAAACGCGACCAAAGGUCGGUUUCUUGAAGAAACAGUGGAAACACUCCUAGUGGCGGCGCGCCGCCAGAAUAUAGUGUUGCGGUUUUUCUCGUACGGAAAUGUGAAAAUUUUCGUAUUACAACAAGAAAAUCAAAGGCGAUUAGCGUGUGCCGUUGGUCGAUGGUAAAAGGGAUCAGAAGGCCUGCCAGUUACGACAUGGCGGGUUUUCGAGAAGAGGAUAAAGCACUCUUCCCGAUCCAGAGCAUCUCUUCGAUCGUUCAGAUCUUCCAAAAUCAACUGGAAAAUAACUCGGAGCCGGACCUCGCGCUACUUUCGAUUCUCGUCGGAGCUGUUGAGAAUUCCCUAACCUGUAACCGGACAUUUACGUCGCAGGAGAGCACUGUUUACGACGAGCCUAAAUUGCCGGCCGUCGAGUAUCAUAUAGCCGAAGCAUUAUAUACUAAAUUCCACGCUGUUAUUAAAGGAGCUGUCGAUCUUACGGUUUACGACACUAAAUACGCUACGCGUGAGCUUAUCAAAAAAGUCUCCGAUGUUAUAUGGAACUCACUAACGAGAAGCUAUUACAAGGAUCGAGCUCAUCUACAGAGCCUCUACAGUUAUCUUACCGCAAAUAAAUUGGAUUGUUUUGGAGUUGCUUAUGCAGUAGUCGCUGGUUGUCAAGUGUUAGGGUUUAAAGAUGUGCAUCUUGCUAUGUCAGAGGACCACGCAUGGGUCGUAUACGGAGAGCAUGGUUCUGAAACUGCAGAGGUUACAUGGCACGGGAAGGGAAAUGAGGAUAAACGUGGGCAACCCGUUGAACCUGGUGUAGCUUCUCGAUCGUGGUUGUAUGUAAAUGGUCAGGCAGUUGUAUGUUCUCGUGCUAUGGAAGUUGCCACAAUAGUAUCUGCUAUAAAUCCUAGUCUGAGCGCGACAGCAGAUGCGGCCGAAGUAGCGUUACUUCAACAAGAAUUAUUAUGGUUACUCUAUGAUUUGGGUCAUCUUGCCAAAUAUCCUAUGGCGCUUGGUAAUUUGGGUGAUUUAGAAGAAGCUGCGCCAACACCAGGAAGACCUCCUGCAAUAGAUUUGUUUCAGGAAGCCGUAAGAUGUGCAAGGAAGUAUUAUGGAAAUGCGCACGUUUAUCCAUAUACUUAUCAAGGUGGAUAUCUUUAUAGACAUGGAUUACAUGCUAAUGCUUUAGCGUCUUGGUCAGAUGCUGCAGAUGUAUUGAGAAAAUACGAUUAUUCGCGGGAUGACGGAGAAAUAUAUAAGGAAUUAUUGGAAAUUGCUAAUGAAUUAAUACCGCACACGGUAAGGGCCGACGAACGACUGUUACGACAGCCACGGUGCUUCGUGUAUCUUCUAAGAUUUUACGACAGUAUUUGUCAAUGGGAAGAAGGGGCAAAUACUCCUGUUCUGCACAUAGGUUGGGCACGACCGUUAGUGAAUACAAUCUCUAAAUUCGAUGCUUCGAUCCGUGCUCAGGUUGUCAUCGAAUGUUACGAUAUGGAGACGAAGCAAGAGGAAGAAAAAAUGCAAAAGAGAGAAACGAGUCCCGAGGAGACUCUUAACAAUAAUAAUAAUAAUUAUUGUAAAACGAAGGAAAGGGGCAAUGCCGCACGUGAUUUAAUCAAAAGUUUGGAGUCUAAAGUACCGGCUAAUCCAGCACCGAUGCAUCCCAGUAUUCAAGCGUUAACAGCUGCCUGCAGUGAAAAAAUCCUCAACAGGGAUUAUUUGCUACAAGGUGGUGGUGAACCAUUCGUCGCUCCUCCUGAGGAUACCUUACCUCCAGCGCCAUCAACUUCCCAGGAAAGUCUAGAUCCUGAGGAGGAGGUUGAUUCUGAAAAUGAAAGGCCAAGAAUAACUUUGUACAGUCAAAAAAUGAAGGGUCUGAAGGAUCUCCUCCUAGCUGAGAAAUUAAACACGCAUGCUAUUUCGUUGCAAUUAACCGCACAAAGUCAGGUACAAAUAGGUAAGAAGUCACGCGGUAGCGACGAGGUAGGAGUCAAUCAGCGUCCGAAGAGGACGCGACGCGAAUAGUAUAAAAUCUUUGACCACCGUUUUGGUCUAGUUAAGUAUUGAAACAUGUUAACCCGUUCUAUAUCUCGUCUUUUACGAACAACGAGGAGUAACGGGAAACGUGAUUAAAGAUACACAACGGUGGUCUGUACUUGCCGUCGAAAUGAAAGAAAAGAAAGAAAGAUAGAAAGAAAAAAAAAAAAAAGAAAAAGAAACACAAAUCAGAAGGAAAAAAGGAAAAGUCUUCGCUCUUAUAAUUUCCUUGUGUUUUUUCGAAGUGAAUUCUCUGAGUUGAUUAUUUUUCGAAAGAGAAAAAUCGUGAUGAAUUUUGUGCUGCUUGAUUUUACAUUCUCUCAUUUAAAGCCGAGUCGAUGAGAACUUUGUCGUUUUAGAGAUAGGUAUAGUAGAUAUGAACAAAAUUUAUAGAAAAGUACAAAAAAGUUCUCCCCCAUCCCACCCCCUUAUUUAAGUUAAAUACCGAUAAUUGCGAGUACUUGAGUUUUCGUGUCUUCGUGAAAAGAAAAGAAAGAGAUAAAAAUGAAGGUAUUUUACACGCCUUAGACGUGUGUAUUCUUUCAUUCUUCCACGGUGUUAAAAAAAAAAAAAGAAAAAAAAAAAAAAAAAAAAAAAAAAAAAAAAAAAAAAAAAAACAAACAAACAACAAAAAGAAGAAAAAAGAAGAUAUCUUUCCUUAUCGUACGUUGGAGAAAAAAAAUGAAUCGAAUAUCGUACCUAAUUCUAUUAUUAUAGGACACUCAGAUUUUUUCCUUCAGUACGAUUAUUUAUUCUAUUAACGACAUAAUAACGAUUUAUCGAGGCGCGAAUCGAUCGAUAUUCGGUAUUCGUCGUUUCUCACAUGUCUAACUUUCUUGUUGCACUAUUAUUUAUUGAUUCACGUUUUUUCUAUUGAAGCUAUUGCACUAUGAAUGAUUACAAUUGACAAGUUGUCGUUAAUGUUUUUUAAAUAGUAGUUGAAACUUUUGUUAGAAUUACGCUUCUAUGGUCUAGUAAGAAAAACCACACAUUCCACUCUGUACGUGGUGCAAACUAAUUAAGUUUUACCUAAGGUAUUUUAAGCAUAAAAUGUUCGCUUAUUUUUAUAACUAUUUAUUUUCAGAAGUAAUUAUAAGUACCUAUUCGUAGUACUCUGUUUAGUUAUUUCUCGAUAGGAUAGGAAGAACAUAGACACAGUGCGCUAUUCUAUGAUUUGACGUUCGAUUAUUUGUCGUGUCAUGUGACGAAAUAUCUUUUAAUUACAGACGAACUUAAAAAAAAACUUGCGACAGAAUUUACAAACGAUGAUUGUUGAAUGAUAUUUUUUCUUUUUAAAAUCUUCACUCUUCGUUGCGUUCUACGAAUGUCAUGUAUACGUACACUAGUUGUCGCAAGUCAAAUUAUAUUUUCCGGUAGCUUCUCGCAGCUAACAAUUUUUAUUAUUUUAACAUUUUAUUUUUCAUCUUUUUUUAUAUUAAUAAUAAUAAUAAUAAUAAUAAUAAUAAUAAUAAUAAUAAUAAUAAUAAUAACUAUUAUUAUUAUUAUUAUUAUUAUUAUUAUUAUUAUUACUAUUAUUAUUAUUUUUUUUUUUUUUUUAUAUCUAUUGACAUUGAUUUUUCCGUAACGUUAACGUUUCGCGUUUCUACGUUUCUUUUUUUUUUUAACGCGCAAUACAAUGGUCAUAGAGGUAUGACCUGAAUCAUUUUAUCGAACACAGUACCUUCCUAACAGUACUAUAUUAUUAGUUACUCCUAUCCUAAUUACCUCGAAUCUUGAUGGAUAUUGCGGAUAUCCAAGUACGUAAAUCGCAUCGACUUUGAUGUUAAGAAAAAGAAAAGGAAGAAAGAAAGAAAAAAAAAAAGAUGCAGAAAUGAAUAAGAAUUAUUCGACAAUGUUUAGACGGGUUGUUGUAGAGUACGUUGUUGACAGGAUGAAUAUAAAUAGUCCGAGCAGAUCGACGAUCACUUAAUAAUGAAAGGCGCUAUCUUACUGUGAUGCUGAAUAUAUACUAUAUAUAAAUAUAUAUAUAAAUAUAAAUAUAUAUAUAUAUAAUUAUACAAUUAAUAAUCAUAAUAACUAACAGGCAGCCUGACAAUUGCAGAAUUUGUUCUCCCUCGUCGAGAAAAAGAAAUUCUCUUUGCGUCGCGCUGAUCUAUUAAAACGAGAUAAGAAAAAAAAGCAACAAGCUAAUAAUUAAUGAAAUAAUUAGAAACGAUUACAUAAUGUAAUUAUUACGAAAAUGAUGAGAUAUCUAUAUUCGACGUGAUAUCAAUUAUAUCGGCCGUCGAUUAUCUGCCGUGCUUGCUGCAGUUAAAAUCGAUUUUUUCGGAAACAUAUAUAUAUAUAUAAUAUGUGCGUAUUUUUUUAUAUAUAUCUCUCUUUUAUUAUUUUUUCUUUUCACAAUGGAACGUAUUACAUAUACGUAUAUAUGUAUAUAUUUAUUAUUCUCGCCGCAUAAUUCAUGAUCUUUUUUUAGCAGGCGAGGCACGUCAGAAUCAGCGGCAUGUUUUUCUCUGACAUUGUAUCGACGCAUUUCUCUUAGCGUUUAUCGAAAGUUAACGGAAAUAAAACAGAAUAAAAAAAAUAAUAAAAAAGAAAAAACAAGAAAAAUCGCCAUGGAGAGUAACGUGCGCGUUACGAUUUAAAAAGAAAAAAUUUAUAUGUUAGUUAUCGCACGCUCGUAUAUGUAUAUGAAUAUGUUAUGUAUGUAUAUGCGUGUACGAGGGAGUGAUCGCUUUUUCUUUCAAUUUCUUUUUGUUGUGUGUGUGUGUGCGUGUGUAUGUAUGUAUGUAUGUAUAUGUGUGUGUGUGUGUGUGUGUGUGUGUGCGCACGCGCGCGCGUGUAUGAUGUGUGACCUAUUUGGCCGAUGCAAGUUUGAAUUUUUCACUUUAUUUGUCAGCAAUUGAAGAAAAACGAAACAAAAAGAAAAGAAAAGGAUAUUGUUCGUUUUAUCUCGAAACUAUCGAUGAAUUGUAUUUUUUAUAAAUCGCGUAAAAUUCGUUUCAUCGUAGAAUCUCUUUCGUCGAAAAUAAAAAAAUGAGGAAAAAGGAGAAGAAAAAUGAUGAAAAAAAAACGAGAUGAAAAAGAAGAAGAAGAGAGAUAUGAUAAACGAAUUGUAAAUCUUCUCUGCGCCGUUUGCUAAUAAUGCGUAUGCGUAUCCAGUAUUUUUUAUUUUUAUUUUUUUUUCUCUCGAUGAUAUAAAAGGAGCGGUUUUAAAGACUACAGGGAUUAUUAUGCAUAAUUAUAGGAAUAGUAAGAGAAGAAUUAUGGUGCAACAGAACAGUAUUUUUAUAUUAGCGGGGGUGCGGAAUUGUCCUCUUCUCAUCUUAUUAUUGGUAAUAUUUGAACGUAGAGUCAGAUGAUCAUUGCGCGACGUUUUUUUAUUGAUGUACGUAGGUAUUGGAGUUGUGCGUUAAAAAAAAAAGAAAGAAAAAUUUGAAAAAGAAAAGCAAAAAUCGCACGCGAAUAUCUUUUCAUUGCGAUGCGCGAAUCAGCGCUAAAUGAUGAUGAUGAUGAUGAUGAUGAUGAUGAUAAUGAUGAUGAUGACGACGACGAUGAUGAUGAUGAUGAUAAUGAUGAUGAUGAUGAUGAUGAUAAUGAUGAUAAUGAUGAUUUAUUGAUAAAUUAUUGAUAAAUUAAUUCUUAAGAAAAGUUCGUAACACAGUUCGUAAAUCUUUCUAAAACUAUUAUAUGUAUAUUAUUGAGCAUUUCGAUUACAGAUGAAUUAAUAUUAUUCGCUCAAUUAUAAAUCUCGAGGAAAGGAAGGAUAAGAAGAAGGAGUGUCCUUGAUAAUACGCGCACGAAGGAUGGAUUAUAAAUGAAAAAGAAAAAAUAGGAAAAAAAAAAGAAGAAGAAGAAAGAGAUCUUCGAUCAUCGUCUUCUCGCUCUCUCGAAAGAAAACAGAAAUAAAGAAUAGUCACGGACUAAUUAAUUUUCGCAUAAUGCUCUUAAUUUUCGAUUCUCGUUCGGAGAAAACAGUAACAAAGCCUUUCGAAAAUGUGUUAUUUGAAAUUAAGGAAAACAAAAUAAUCACUAGCACAUAAAAAAAGAACACACUAUUUACAUACACGACACUGUAAAACACGUUAGAAUUACUAUUUCCCCCUCUCCUUCCCACUUCUCUUUCUCUCCCCUCCUCCCCCCCUCUAUCUUUGUCUUUCUCUCUUUCUCUCUAUAUUUUUCAAGCAAUGAUGAUUAACUAUCUUACUCCAUAUGUAUUACAAUGUUAUUGCGACAAGCACAAGAUAGACCAUUUUUCAUUGUCGAUCUUCGUCUAAUCUUUAUGUAUCUCGAUCUUCUUUUUUAAAUGCACACACACACAUAUUCACGAUGCUGUCUUGCCUUUAAGUUUUAUUUUGACUUGGAAACAUAGUUCGUAAGGUAGGUUUGCCAUGUGCACUAAAAAAAAAAAAAAAAGAAAAAAAAGAAAAAAAAAAGAAAAAAGAAAAAAGAGAAAAAAGAAGAAGAGAAAAGGAAAAAAAAGAAUAAUCAAAUAAUAAAAAAGAGAAAAGUACGAGAAGUGAUCGUUCUCUUUCCAUUGUCUGUAUGAAGAAAAAAAUAAAGUAAAGGAAUAAUAAUUUAAAAAAAGAAGAAUAAAAAAAAAACGGAAAAGAAAUAGAUAUAACAGAACAAUUCAUAUCGGACGAUCGAGUAUCCGUUAUCAUAGACAAAAUUUUACUUACCAUAGUAGUGCCAUAACGAAACGAUUAUAUACUUCGAACGCGUCUAUAGUUGUUGGUUGUACAUAGAUACAUAUGCGUAUCGUACAAAAUUUUCUCAGCGAAAUAGUUUUUCGUUUUAACACUGUAGGUUAUUUCAACACCGCCAUUAUUUUUUAGCGCACAAAAAUAUCAAGAUUUAUUUAACCCUCUAUAACGCACUGUGAUCAUGUGUCUGUAUUGUAUUCUUUUUUCUUCUCUUUCUUUUUUUGUAUUUUUAGAUCUUAUUUUACAAUUAUUAAACUGUUUGUAAAACUAAUUAUUGAACUGUUGUAACAGACGAAAAUGCAACGAAAGAUUUCCUUAUUAAUGAAAUAUGCAAUUAUUAACAUUGACAUCGAUCAUUUAUAUGUAUACAAUAUUAAACGUUUGCCAACGGUGCUCUUAAAUAAUUUACAUUCUAAUUAGUUAUAGAGGGUUAAAGUAAUAUAUUGAACUGAUCCAUCCAUCGUUGUUGUGUUGUAUCACCAUGCUCGAUCAAUCGACAAUGAAUAAUUUUUUAUUAUGCAAUUGUGCGUGAUCUCGAGGACUCGGAUAGAUUUAUGCAUAUUGUAAACAAAAUGGAGAACAAAAUAAGAAAAAGAGAAAUAGUCGUCUCUAAGGCUUCCUGCAUAAGAACUCUAAUCUCAUUAUGUUUCUCAGCUAUAUUGUAUUCUAUUUUUUCUUAUUUAAUUAUAUAACUAUCGGUCAGUCUUAUCGAUAUGUAAAUGAAAAAGAACGUUAUGCAAUUCCGAUGUCGACAGAGCCUAUGAAUAUUUUUGCUUCGAAUAUUAUAUAUAUAUACAUAUAUACAUAUAUAUAUAUAUAUAUAUAUAUAUAUAUACAUAUAUAUAUAUAUACAUAUAUAUAUAUAUAUGUAUAUAAACGAAGAAAUUUGAAAAGAAAAAUGUAUCCUAGUUCCAAGAGAUAUUUACUGUCGACGAUUAUUAACUCUCAAUGUAGAAGUUUAUUAACCGAUGAAAGAUUAUCGUCCACUUCCACGGGAAUCUAUUAACAAGAUAUAUAUAAAUAUAAAUAUAAAUAUAUAUAUAUAUAUAUAUAUAUAUAUAUAUAUAUAUAUACAUGUAUGUAUUAAAAAAAAAAAUGCUAUUGUAAUAUAAUUAAGUCCAAAACACGAUUAUACGUAUUAUCUGACCAUACUUGGCGAAUGCAUAUAGAUAUGUAAAGAAAAAAGGAGAAAGAAAUACACAGAUACACGCGCAUACAUACACGUAUACAUAUACUUUCGCAUGUACUUAAAAACAAAAAAAAGAUUGUGAAAGAUUUCGUUAAUGCUUUCGAACGGAUUUAUUUGAAAUGUAUCAAAUAUAUUGGCGAUACUUAAAACUAUGAAAAAUAAAUGGGAAAGGGAGGUGUGCGAGAUACUGAUUCGAAGGAAAAUAUAAAAAAUUUAUAAAUUUAAGAAAAAAUGAAAGAAACAAAAAAAUAUAUAAAUAAACGAAAACGUUCAAAGCAUACGAACGAAGCUCGAAUUCCAUAUUAAUAUUGGAAACAGUAUUUUGCGUGCUUACUAAUCGCAUUAGAUAUAAAUAAUUCGCGGAAGCAUUUUUAUGUUUGGUUUAUCGAAAAUUACAACAUAUAUCUUGUAUAUUCUUAAAACCAAGGGGAAGAGAUAAGAAACAAAAAAUUAAAAUAAAAAUAACAAAAACAAAAUGAAAUGCGGGGACAAAGGAGAUCGAAAUAAUUAUUAUAUUCUCCAUGUUUAAAGAUUUAAUAUUUAUCGUCAUCGAAUCGGAAUAUCGCACGAGAAUGACUUUUUUCUGAUUUUCUCUCUCUUUCUCUCUCCCUCUCUCGUCUCCUCUUUCUCUUUCUCUUUCGACAAUCUUACGAUUGUCGACAAAAAUUAAUAGAUGUUAUCUUUAAGAGUGUCAUUUGAAAAUAAUAAGAUCAAAAGAAAGAAAUAAAAAAGAGAGAAGAGUACACAUUAUUAAUAUGAUAUUAUAUUACUCACCUCGAUAUUCCGUGUUGGUACAUACAUACAGGACGAAUCAGAAAAAUGUAAACGCAGCUAUUGUUGACUGAUAGAACAGUGAGUUUUAAAAGGCAUCGUAGAAAUGUCUUGUUUUUUUCUGUGGAUUACAAUAAACUAUUUUAUUCUAA